AUGAAAUAAUAUAAUGGAAUUCGACAUGGUUGCUCUUAACUUCCAACAGUAUAUCAAUUACUAACUUACUUGCUUUACUUUCCAAAUAUCUUAAACUGUUUUCUAUCAAUAUCUUUACUUGAUGAAUCAGUAAGUUUGUUCCUUGUAUUUAGGCUAUACAUUUUAUAAUAUUAGGAAUUUUAACUUUAUUAUCAUUGUAUUCUAGUAGUAAAACUACUCUUAGCUGUCCAACUGAUUAAUUUUUGUUAUUAUAAUUUGAAUAUCGUAAUUAAGGGUAAAAUAAAAUGUAUUUUAUGUAGUAAACAAUUAAGUUUAGAAAAAUAUAAAUUGGAAUCUUAUUGUGAUAUUUGUGAAGCCUAUGUGAAAGAAAAUACAAAGCAUUGUAAACAUUGUAAUAGGUUGUAUAUAUUUAUUAUGUUAGAUGUUGUUAAGAUUUUGAUCAUCAUUGUAAAUGGGUUAAUAAUUGCAUAGGGAAAAUUAAUUAUAACAUUUUUAUGAUUAUGGUAACUUCAACAAUGUUCCAAUUUAUAUACACACUGAUUGUUUAUAUCAGAAUUAUAAUAUUAUAUAAUACAUAGAAUGAAAAGUUAUAAAUAGAUAAUGAAAUUCAAAAGUUUGUAACAAAUUUCAUUUUAGUUUAAGCAUUUUUAUAAAGAAAACGAUUUAGAUAUCAAAUACACACUCUCAUUAAUAAUGCUGAUAGAUUCUAUUAUUUUUUCUAUACUGCUCCUCUAAUUAUUUAUUUUCCAUAUAUAUCUAAUAAUCAAAGGAAUAACGACUUAUGAAUUUAUUGUAAAUCCUAAUAUCAAAAAAAUAAAUCCAUAAUUUAAUAAUCCGUGCCCAAAUCCUGAAGUAAUACCAAAAACUAUUAUAUAAACUCAAGUAAUUUUUCAUAUGCACAAUAAAAAUACAAUGUACUUGUUGUAGGAUUUAUUUUUAGAAUCGAAUUAAAUAGUAGUGAAUAAUAGAUGA